AUGGACAGCGAUCCUGACAGGAGCGAGCAGUCGAGUGAAGAGCAGAUGGAGUCCUACUUCGAUUUGGUCAAGCGGUACACCACGAAGAAAACGCUUCCUACUGUGGACCAUGAUAAGAUCGAGUACAAGUCCUUCCGGAAAAACUUGUAUGUGCAGGUCAAAGAGAUCACGAAUUUGAAGGAUCACGAGGUUGCAGAUCUCAGAAGAACGCAUGGUGACAUCACAGUCAGGGGGAAGCGAUGUCCCCAUCCUGUCACAAGCUUCUUACAGUGUGGCUUGCCCGACAAGAUCAUGAAGAUCAUGGAGAAGCGUGACUACGAAAAGCCGUUCCCUAUUCAAAUGCAGGCAAUUCCUGCGUUGAUGUGCGGCCGAGACGUCAUAGGUGUGGCCCAGACAGGUUCCGGCAAGACUCUGGCGUAUUUGCUGCCGCUCAUCAGGCACAUCUUGGACCAGCCGAAGCUUGGAAAUGGUGAUGGCCCGAUUGGGUUUGUGGUCGCACCGACUCGUGAGCUUGCGCUGCAGAUCCAGCGGGAGGCGAGCAGCUUCUGCAAGGCUGUGCACUUGAUCAGCGUCUGCGCUUAUGGUGGCGGACCGAUGGGUGAGCAGCUCUCGGCUUUGAAGAAAGGAGCUGAGCUCCUGGUCGGCACGCCCGGUCGCCUCAUAGACGUCCUUACGACAUCAGGUGGGAAGAUCACCAACCUCAGACGAGUAACUUUCUUGGUGUUGGACGAGGCUGAUCGCAUGUUUGACAUGGGCUUCGAGCCGCAGAUCGGCAUGUUCUUACAGAGCACUCGUCCCGACAAGCAGGUGGCGAUGUUUAGUGCAACUUUGCCAGCACAUGUUGAAGCUUUGGCCAGAAAGGUGCUGAAGAAGCCCUUGGAGAUUUCUGUUGGAGAGAAGAACACUGCGGCUUCCAACGUGACGCAGUUCGUUGAGGUUCUGGAUGAAAGCCAGAAGUUUUAUCGACUGCUUCAACUUCUGGGAGAGUGGCAUGAACACGGUGCAAUCAUGAUUUUUGUCCACCAGCAGAAGGACGUGGACGAGAUGUUUACGGAACUCCUCAAGUAUGGAUACCCUCCGCUUGCGCUGCACGGGGGCCAGGACCAGCAAGACCGGGAUUUCACUCUCCAAGACUUCAAAGAUGGCAUAUCGAACAUCCUCAUAGCAACAUCUGUUGCUGCUAGAGGGAUCGAUGUCAAAAAUGUCAUCUUGGUGGUCAAUUUCAAGGUACCUGACCACUUGGAAGAUUACAUUCACCGCAUUGGACGCACCGGCAGAGCUGGGAAGCCAGGCUUUGCCUACACCUUCAUUCAGCCUGAUGAAGCCGACCGAGCUCAGGACCUGGUGGAUGCCCUGCGACAGUGCAAUCAAGAGGUACCCCUCAAGCUCAAGGCCCUAGCAGAGGAACACCAGACUGCGGUGAACACCGGCCAAGCUCAGAAGCGAAAACGCUGGGGUGGCUUUGGCGGCAAGAGCUUCAAGUAUGACAACACAGAGAAAAGCAGGCAGCAGCAAGAUCGGCAGCAGGCAAAGAGUGAUCUUUUGAUUGGGGACUUCGAGGAGGAGGAUGAGUUCAAAGAUCCUUGGUUGGAGCCGGACAAGCCGGCCAAGGGUAGAGGCAAGCAGCGAGAUGACAAAGCGUCUGCCAAAGCAACCGGGACCACCGACACUGUGGCAGCAGCCGCCAACGUGGCUGCCAAGAUGCAGGCACCUGCAUGUCGACUUAUGUCACAGGCUGCGAGUCUUUUCGCAGCUUCGAUGAAUCGCAUCGUGGUGGGCUGCAGAUGGCUCAGUCCCUCAGGAUCCAGGUGUUCCGACCCAUGCCUGCCAUGUAAAAUCAUGUAA